AUGAAAUCCAGUUCACACUUAAAGCAAGAAGCUCUUAAUUAUAGAUUCAAUUCAAAUGUGCCUCUGAAAUUGUAUCUGACAACUUGCAUUAGCAUUGUCGAGGAAGCUCAAAAUAGUGCCAGGUGCAAUAAUAUGGAGCGCGCAUAUCUUCUUUAUAUUAGAUACUUAGAUCUUUGUCUGAAUAGACUUGUGCAUCAUUCAGAAGUUAACACAUCAGUGGAAUCGUUAUACAAAAGAGAAUACUUCCAACUGCUGAAGUUGGAAGUCCCUGCUAUCAUGAAGAUUACUGAGGAAUUGAAAAUCAAAAUAGAUGCAAGAUACAAGUCAUUGGCAAACAAUGUUGCGACAUCGACCUACGUGAGAUCGCCGGCUGUCAUGACGACAAAUCCUUCGGAUGAAAUUAAUCUUCCGAGUUCCUUUGAUGAACAAAAAUUCAACCAAUCUAUAAGUUGGUUUAAUCACAGUUCAAAGCAUUUUUCAGCACAGUCAGACUCUAACAAUGAAUAUCCCGAAUUACCAGAACUCAAUGCGACAUCCACGUCGGUCACAUAUACCAUGCCAGCAUUAUAG